AUGUCAACAACUAUUCUUCUCAAUAUAAAUCUGCUUGCGGCGAAACAUUUCAAAACUCACAAGAAACAAAUUGCUCAAGAAAUAUCAAAAAAGCAUGUGAAGAUUGAACAAGAAAGCUUGAAACGCUUUGAAACUGAAACUGCCAAUGUCGGUAAAGCAGACUUGAAAUUUCUUUUAAAGCAUAAAACCUUUUAUGACAAAUUAUAUAAGCUUUAUGCAGUAUCAAGGGUUUACGACUAUUGCAAAACUUAUAUGUUAAUUAAAUUGCCUUUAUGUACUCGUAUUACUUAA